UCGAGCAGUCCCCACAACUGCACAUCUGUGUGUGCCGCAAAUACAAAUCGCUCGUCUCGUAACAUAUAAUCGGGGUUGUAUUGAGUUUGUAUACAAACAAUAUUAUUAUGUGGACGUGAUUUUGUUGACACAAAAUGUCGUUUUGUAGAAUAACAGGGCGAAGCAGAGGACUGCCCAAGCCUAAUUAUUUUCCUCUUCUUGCGCCUAUUUCGCCAGCUGAUGCGAAGCGUUGCUGCAGAAUUACGGGAAAAUCUUAUGGAUUACCUUCUCAUCAUUACAUUCCAGUGCUUCUAAUAUCUAGAUCGACUAAGACUAAAUGCAAAAUAACUAACGUUGCUGGAGAUCUUGGACCGCACCAUUUUUCACCUGAAAUUAACUAUGGAAACAGAAAACAUGAAAUGUUGCAAGACUAUCGAUAUAUUUUUCCAGUUUUAGAUGGUUCUACCGACGCUCAGAAAGCUUUGAUUGAAAUGCUGUCCUUGAAACAAGUGACAGAAGAAAAGAAAUUUGUGUAUACGGUCCAGGAAAGAAGAUGUAGUUUAGUGUUUUCUGCGAGAAUGGAAGCAGCAGUGCGUGAUGGUGAUGUUAGAGAUGUUAUGUUAGCGAAAGAUUCUGAUACAGUGUUAAUUAAAACUAAACAAGGGCGUAGUGUUUCGAUGGACUUCAAGGACUUUGUGGAAGAUGUAGAAAUGUUUGAAGGUGAAGGGCCUAGUGCUGAAGUAAUAAAACAAAGAGAAUUAGAAGAGUUAGAAGAACGCAAGAAAAAAAGAAAAAGAUCUGCUGGUCUUUCUUCAAUGAAAAAAAUAUUUGAAAAAAAAGAAAAAUUAGCCGAGGUUCAAGAAUUACACGAAGAGCAAGUGCGGCAGGAACGACUUGCAAAAAAAGCAAAAUUAGAAGAAAUUCGACAUGACAAACAUGAUCUCAAAAAUUACACUAAUAUGGAGUUUAAUUUGAAACAUAUGAAUUCAAAAUCCAGUAUAAUUGCUUGCAGUGCUGAUUGGAAGAAUCAAGUUCACCCACUCAUUGAAACUUGGGAUUGGGAUUCUGUUGGAAAAAAAUUAAUAGAUGAACAAUAUAAUGCUAAACUAAGCGCUCUUCCCUUACCAGUGAAUAUUACGCCCUACCAUUGCGAAGCUGAAAUAUUUAAACCUGAUAAAAAUAUCGGUGAUGUGUCCGUUUCACUUGAAUCAGUUCCUUGUGUUAAUCCUUUAAAAGCUUCUAAAUUGCAACCUCAACAGACUGUUCUAGAUGCAGUUAAGGAAAUUUCACACGAACGUCUAAUAGAAACGGCUAAUAUUACAGAAAAACUUUUAGAAAAGAAUAAACUAGAUUUACUUCCAACAAUGGACGACUUACCAAAUGUUGUUAAAAAUUUUAAAAAAGGCAAACGAGAAAAAAUAGCUAAAGUGGCUGGAUUAACUUUGGAUAUUGACAAAGCAAAAAAAUUCAUCCCGGGUCAACAUGUUAACACUCCAUCAGGUCCCGUAUUCGUACCAGGUCAAACCAUAGAAACUCCCGCUGGGCCUAUAUUUGUACCUGGAUUAAGUAUUAAUACACCCACAGGUGCUGGGCUUAUUCCUGGCCAUAUCUUUGAUAAUGGAACCAGCGAACCAUUGUUCCUUGCUGGUCAAGUAAUUUCAACUGCAGAUGGUGACAAGUUUAUUUGUGGACAAACGUUACAGGACAAGAAUGAUUCUCCGCGUUUUGUUGAAGGUCAAACUGUUCUUUCUGAAGAAGGAUAUAAAUUUGUGCCUGGAAAAAUAUUAAACACUGGGUGUGAAGAAGUUUUCGUUCCCGGGCAGACAAUAUUGACACCCGAUGGUGCACAAUUUAUACCUGGUCAGACAAUAGUUGAAAAUAAUAGCAUUACUUUUACUCCAGGUCAAAAUACAAAAAUAAACGAAGAAUGGCAGUUUGUACCAGGGCAAGUUAUACACCAAGAUGACGAACUUCAUUUUAUUCCUGGAGCCACAUUAGCCACACCCAACGGAUUAAAGUUUGUUCCUGGUCAAAGUGUUACAAUUAACGGAGAAACAUCUUUUGUACCAGGUAUUUCAAAAAAAGGACAGACUGGCUUAGAGUUUGUACCUGGGGCAGUUGUUGAUACAUUUGAUGGACCAAAAUUUGUUGAAGGCCAAAUUGUUCAAACUGAUAGUGGUGAAAAAUUCCUCCCUGGGAAAUCUUUAGUCAAUGCGAAUGGAAGUGUAGAAUUUUUAGCUGCAAAAUCUAUAGAUGCUGUUACAUUUUCUGAAGAAGCCCCUGUUGGUUUACCAAUAGAUAUUAGAACCUGCUCUAUAUCAGAGGAGUCUUUAUACGUUUUCGGUCACAUGGUACAGACUGAAAAAACUGUUGAGUUUUAUCCGGGCCCUAGAAUUCCGAAUAUUGGAGGAAAAGUCGUACCAGGACGGUUGGUAAAAAAUGAGUCAGGCCAAUCUCGAUUUGUACCAGGGACGAUGGUUGAAGAUAUUUUUGUUCCGGGUCAGAUUGUUUAUACCGAAAAUGGAGAACAGUUUGUACCAGGGCAGGUUGUCGACACUAGUGAUGGACCAAAAUUUGUUCCAGGCCAAGUAGUUAAUACAAAAAGUGGUCCGAAAUUUGUUCCUGGACAAACUAUACAUACUAUUGACGGCCCUCGAUUUGUUCCUGGUCAAAUAAUAGAAACAAAAGUUGGCCCUACUUUUAUUCCAGGUCAAGUUAUUUGUACCGAUGAAGGUUCGAGGUUUGUUCCCGGUCAAGUUGUUGAUACAGAGGAGGGACCUAGAUUUGUUCCGGGCAGAGUUGUAGAAAAUGAUAAUAAUAGUGGAGUAACAUUUAUUCCUGGCCAGAUUGUUCAAACACCAGAAGGUCUUAAGUUUAUUGCUCCAGAUUUAAUCGAAGGUGAUGAAGGCUUAGAGUUUUCUGUGCAGAGUUUCUUAGUCACUCCUGAGGAACUAAAACUUCUAAAGGUUAAAACUAACCCAAAUGAUACUACCUCUACAAAUGGUGAACUGACAAUCGAUUCAAAUAUGUUAAGACAGCUUUCCGAAGCAGGUAUGUCUAUUGGAAGACAGGUACCUGCUGAUGUUCCAGCUAUAGAAAUUAACCAAACAAAGAAUGUUGAAGUUCUUAAAGAGUUUGUGUCUAAUUUUGGCUUAAAAGAUACAGUUGCAAAUCAGUUAAUGGAUGUUAUAACAUCUAUAAUAGAAAUGAGUUCACAUGUCAAAAUUGAAAUGAGUCAAAAUUCAAAUAACAGCGAGAAAAAGAAAUUUAGCAAGGGUGCAAAGUUUCAUAAAGAGAACGUGACAAUAAAUGACGAAAACGACUAUCAUAACGAGCAAAUUCCACAUAACGAAAAUAUAAAAAAUUCAAUUGCAGCUGCUGUUUUAGCUGCUUUAGUUACAGCUGAACAAUUUGAUGAAGAUAAUAAUAAUAAUAACGGAAAACAAAAAUAUCAACAAAUUUUAAAAUCUCUUGAUUUGAUCUUAGGUAAAUCAAUAAGUCAAGACUUCGUAUCAGAUAUGUAUAGAAUACUUCAGAAAGAGGAUGAUAAAACAAUGAUUUGUGAAGAAAUAUUCGAAAAUACAACUCAACCUAAAAUAGAUUUAUUAAAAAUAGCUCUCAGUGGUAUAAAUAAUGAUCAUUCCAUCGAAGAAGAUGAAAUUAUAGAAAAAUUCAGCGAUUUCUUAAAAAGUGAAAAUGAUGUCAUGGGUCCAGCUUUUAAAAAUAUAACCAAAAAUGACACUGGAUUACUGCAUUAUGUACUAGAUCGUAUUUCAGACACAAUUUCGUUUAUCAAAUCUGACCAUGAUGCAGGAGAAUCUCUACAAAGAACAAUAGUGUCUGCAGUACAAGAGUCAAGUACAACUGUAUUGGAAAAUAUGUUACAAAAUAAUGAUUAUAAAGAAUUAAAAGAAAUGAUACGUCAAUCUAUGGGAUUGGCACAACUUUUAGGAAUGAGAGAUGUAUCAAAUAAGUUGAAAGCAAUUGUAAAUGAUGAAGUUAGUUUAUCAACUAUUAGAAGUGACGACGCUACUGUAAAUAUACUGAAAAGACUUACCAUAAUGCGUAAGCUUGCAGAUAAAUCUGAUGACUUACAUACUACGCUUAAAAAUUUGGGAAACAAUCCCGAAAUGGCUCGUACGGACCCACUUUUAAGAGAUUUAGUACGAGAAAGUGCUGCUUUAAUGAUAAUUCCAGAAGAGCCCCCUCUUAUGACAUCGGCUGAUGUUCCGCUAAGUUUACUUCAACCAGAGAACAGUCUUGCAAUGGAAGACUUUUUGCUUCAGCAUAAAAAAUGUCCUGGCGCAUUAUUGAUUAUUAAAAAAGGUCUCCAGGCAGUAGUUCCGCGACAAGCAAGCAGGGCGGUAUUAACUGGACAAAUAGCAUAUGCCGUACUCGAUGAGAAUGGCAUACGACAUUUCGAGCCAUUACACGUUUUCUCGGCGCUCAAGUUAAAUCAGCCGACUGCUCAUCGUUUCAGUAUGUACAGCUGUCCGAUAGAAGACGACAAGGACGAUGAUUUACAGACGACCAAUCAAUAUUGCAAUAUUAGUAAUAGUCAAAUUAUCACGAGGCUUGGAGGUUGGGGUCGCAGAUACAGUAGCUCUUAUUCAGACAGAGAACACACGAGAAGUCGGUUAAGUCAUCUUGACCAUACUCCAAGUUACAAAUACUAUCCCACCCGGUCUUCUACGAGAUCCCGCUCAACCUGUAGCAUAAGCCCUUCAAAGGUGGAUGAUGUGGUAGUUGCAACCGCCGACUACAAUGCGGCAGCGGACGAUGAAGUUUCUGUUAAAACGGGAGACAUAGUUGAGGUUCUUGACACCAAAGCCGCCCUCGGUUCCAAGUCCCAGCUCGAUCCAGGACUGGAUAUGGCUGUGGAAUUACUGGACUCUUCUGCCGCCAAACAUAAAAUAUCCAUUCGACCGAAGAAAAACUAUCCGAAAAACAAACAACAAAAAAGAUUUGUGGAAAAAGAGAAGCAAGAAAGAUGGCUGGUGCGGGUCGUGGAGGACGUGCGGGGCGGAGCUCUGAGCACGCGGCAGGGCUUCGUGCCGGCCCACGUGCUGCGGGAGAAGGAGCCCGAGCGGGACGCGAGCGCGCUGGCCGCACGCCGACAGGCAGUGAUCCGCGAGCUGAUCGAGACGGAGGAGGAGUUCGGGCGUGACAUGCAGCAGGUGGUGCGCCAGUACAUGAGGCCGCUGGACAAGGCCACCACGCCCAAGGCGGUGUUCGACAGCCGGGAGCUGCUGUUCGCCAACUUCAAGCAGAUCUGCGAGUUUCACAACACGAGUCUCCUGGAGGGUAUUAAGUACUACGCGGGAGAGCCGCGAAUGCUGGGUCGUGCCCUGCUGCGGAUGGAGAGAGAGUUCGACAAGCACGUGGCGUACUGCCGGGACGAGCCGCUCGCGCAACAACUGCUGACCAGCCAUCCCGUCAUCAGGAAAUACUUCCAGGAUAUAGCCAAGAAAGUUGGGGACGAUAAAGGCCUCUCUGAACACCUUAAACUACCAAUACAACGAAUCAACGACUAUCAGCUUCUUCUUAAGGAAUUAGUGAAGUAUUCGAAACGUCUUGGAGACGACUGUACUGAUCUUCAAAAGGCGUUAGAACUAUUUCUUGGAGUCCCGAACCGCGCCACAAACAACUUAUUCAUCGCAAGUAUCGAAGGAUUCCGCGGUAACAUCUACAAACUUGGUAGACUGCUUACUCACGAUUGGUUCACUGUUGAAAUUCAAGACAGAAGUAAAGAGAGAUACCUCUUCCUGUUUAAGGCAAGACUACUGAUCACAAAGAUAAAGAAGAUCGAUGAGGAUCGAUCAGUUUUUGUCUUGCAACAUAUCGUCAAGCUACCAGAUACAGAAAUCAAAGAUUAUCCAGAAACUUUAAAGUUUGAACUUCAUGAAAAAAGUUCUCCAUUAGUAAUUACUCUUAAAGCACACAAAGAAACAGUUAAAUCAACUUGGCUUGCUGAAAUUAGACAAUACGCAAGUGAUCUUGUUGCUUUAGCGGAACACGCUGCCGAUGAUCUUCAAGUUUUACCUCAAGAAGAAGAAUUCCUGGAACCAGAGGAAGAAAGUAAAAAGAGGGAACAUACGGAAGACGAUCAAGAAGACCGUGUUGAUAAAAAAAUAAAAAUUGAACAAGCAGAAACUGCAGUCAUAAACGAGGAAGAACAAAUUAACGUUUCAAAAAACAAGAGAAAAGUCUCUGUUAAAAGUGAGGUUGUCAGCAAAAUAUCUAAAACAGAAGAAGUAGUUGACAAAAUCAAUGAAAGCAGUAGAGUUGAAGAAAAAGUCACUGCUGAUUUAGAAACUAAAUCACUUUUGACUCAAGAAAAUUCUGAAUUUAGUGAAUGUAAUACGAUCACAUCUCAGUCACAAACUACACAACAAAUAUUACAAAGUGCAAGUGAGGAAAACAAAGCAACAGGUGUGCAUGAAAUUUCCAUUUCCAGAGAAGUUUCAGCCCAAACAUCUGUGGACGUCCAGUGUACUGAAAUAUCAUCGCAAGAUUCAGUCGAGGAAGUUAUAGAUACAACGUUUAAAACACAGUCUAGUGAAAUUCAAAUAGAAUCAAGUGAGUUUAAUUUAUCUACAACUCAUCGAAACGCUCAAGAAAUUGAAAUAGUCUCAUCGAUACAAUCAAAUCAAUUAGAAGAAAACACAUCGGCUGCUACUAGUAACACAACAGAAAAUCAAAUUAUUGAAACCGCUAAUAUAACUAACCAGGUUAAGCAAGGGACAACAGAGAAUCUAAAUUUUACUGCAAAAAAUCCAGACGAUACUUCAAAACAUGAAGCUUCCAUUAUAGAAUCUACAGAAAAUAAAUGUGAUUUAAAACAAGUAUACAAUAGUAAAUCUAAUUUACAUACCGAAAAAAAAGAAUUGAUAUCCUCAACGGGAACAGAAAAGGCUAAAGCUGAACUUUCCCAAACUCAAACUUACAAAGAUAGUGAAAACGCGACUGAUAAUAUUAACAAAGAAGAAGUUAUCACAAGUUCAGAAUUACUUGAAAAAGACCUUAAAACAAUUCCUAAAAACGAAAAAGAAAGCUAUUUAGAAAAAGAUUUGAUUAAAGAUCAAACUGUUCAACCAGAAGAAAUUGUUCAAGAAGAAAUGUCGUCAAGAUAUAGCCGCUCUUCGCGGCUUUCUGGAGAAUACUCCAGCAGCACCCGAAAAUCUUUAAUUGGAGGUCGUCAAGAAUCGUCAUCAUACGAUAAUACCGGUGUUUCGUCAUACUCGCGUCGUGAGAGCGGCUCGCGUUUAGAAAGUAGCCGAUACGAAAGUGGUGGUGCCAUUGAGGGAUCCGCUGCUUCUAGAUACGAAUCUAGAUACUCCUCGUCAACCUUCAAGGAAGGUGGUUCAAAACACAGUAUUGAAUCCAGCUACGACACUAAAGAUUCAAAUAAAAAUGACUCAAAGUAUGCCAUUGAAUCAUCAUUCGAUAGUGAAAGUAAAAUUGAUAGCAUUGCAGCGAAAUAUGGACUAAAUAAUAAUAUUGAAACAAAGGUAGAAGGUAGAUCUUCAAAAUUGAGUAUUGAUUAUGAGUCAGAACUAGAUUCUCCGAGCAAAAUUGACACAAUCGCAUCGAAAUACGGGCGCAACUCUGUUACGGAUAAUGUUAAAUCAGAAACACGUUCUACUAGACUAAAUAUCGAAACUAGCCUUGAUGGUAACAACUUUGAAUCUGAAUCACGUUCAGAAUCCAAAUAUUCAAGCUCUAAAAAUGGUGAAUUACAAUCCGAAUCUAGCUACUCAAGAUCUAAAAACAGAGAUUCGGUCUAUGAAAAUGAAUAUUUAAGGCAAGCUUUAACUAAUGGAUCUGCCGAGACCGAUUCAAAGAAGUCGAUUUUGAAAUCAGAUUUCAACGAUGGUAAACCAAUGUUCACCAAAACUUUAGAAGGGCAGAAUAUCGAACCCGGCGAGAAUGCUUUAUUCGAAUGCAAGAUCAAAGAAUCCUCUGAAGAUAUUACCGUGACUUGGUUGAAAGAUAACAAGCCGCUUACCGACCGUUUGAUGGACCGCGUCAACAUUGUGGACAGGAAUGGGGCCCAUAGACUUGAAGUUAUGCAUUGUAGAGAAGAUGAUAGUGGCUUGUACACGGCGAUGGCUGAAAACGUGAAGGGCAAUGCCCAUUGCACAGCUCAGUUGAUAGUACACGAGCUGACUCCGGAGGAGAGAAAGCAGAGAAACGCUCUCAAUGCUCCAUACUUUUUGGUGGCAUUAAAAGAUACAGAGAUACUGUUGAAUACUUACUUACGAUUCAUGGUCAAGGUAAAAGGCGAACCGAAUCCUAACGUCAAAUUCUACCGCGAUGGUACGGAGAUCAAGACAGUCGAGGGUGAACGCGUGUCAAUCGUUCGCAACCGUGCCGAUAAGGGUUGCUAUGAACUCGUCAUCUCUGAUGUCAACUCCGGAGACGCUGGCCGCUACUCGUGCAGAGCUGUCAAUGAGUUUGGUGAAGUCGAAUCUGAAGCAACUGUUACUGUUGUUGAUGAUAAGAAUGUAUUCGGCGAGCUACCGCCGGGUGGCGAAGGCCUGUUAGCGAAGGGAGAGAAGCCAGUUUUUGCGUGGAAACGCGAUGGUCUCGAGUUUGAUCCUGAAGAGAGGUUCAAGGUUCUGUUCGGAGACGAUGAGGACUCUUUGGCGCUGGUCUUUCAGCACGUCAAACCCGAGGAUGCCGGACUGUACACCUGUGUGGCAAAAACCAGCACAGGAAAUAUAUCAUGCUCGGCCGAACUUACUGUCCAAGGGGCCGUUAAUUACCUUCAUCGCGAGCCCGAGAAACCAAAGCUUGAGAUAGAGCAUCGAGAGCCGGUAGUCUCCAGCGGAGGGUCCGCCAUCAUGGAGCUGGUCUGCAAGGGCUAUCCUAAGCCCACUGUCGUCUUCAAACACAAGGGAGAGGUUGUGGAAGCUGAUACCCGGCAUAAGUUCCUCCACGAAGAUGAUGAGGGCAUGUCCCUAGUGAUCAAGAAUGUGACGGUGGCGGAUAGUGGCGUGUACGAGGUGACAGCCUCCAACGAUCUGGGUGAAGACACUACAACCUUCAACCUGGUGGUCACCUCCCCACCCAAGAUUACCAAGAAGGUUGAGAACCAGACAUGCAUGGUCGGUACUUCACACAGCGUAUUAAUUGAGGUAGAAGGCGCCCCUACACCGGACGUGACCUUCUACAAGGACGGGGCUCUCAUCACCAGCUCAGAGAGGAUCGUCAUCAGCAAGGAAUCUGAUAACGUGUACAAGAUCACCAUAAAGGAUGCUCGCCUCACUGAUACUGGAUCAUAUUCCGUUGUUGCCAAGAACGAGGUGAACCAGUGCAGCGACUUCUGGCAAUGGCAGGUGACGUCACCCCCCAAGGUGAUCAAGAAGCUGAGCAGCAACAUCGUCUGCGAUGAGAAGGAGACCGUCACCCUUGAGGUGCACACCGAGGCGGAACCGGCUCCCACCGUGGUCUGGUAUAAAAACAAAAUGGAGAUCAAGGAGUCUUCGUUAGUGAAGAUAUCAUCAUCAAACCAAGUGCAUAAGAUGGUGAUCACCUCUGCAGCCAGGAGUGAUGCCGGGGAGUAUUCGUGCGAGAUCCGUAACGUCCAUGGCUCUUCCGACGAUGCGUGCACUGUGAACGUGCGAAGCGCGCCACAGCUGACCCGCAAGCUGAGUGACCUCACUGCGAGCGAAGGCGACCAGCGCGUUGAGUUCACCGUCAAUGUGGACGCCUUCCCUGAGCCCGACGUCAAGUGGUAUCUAGGAGAUGUAGAAAUAACUGAAAAGAAGUCAGUAUUCAGUCGCGUGGACACAGGUGACAGUCACAAGCUGGUACUGAGUGAGGUGACGGCGGAAAUGUCCGGCACCUAUACCUGCAGGGUCACGAACGAGCUCGGAGAAGACUCCUGCCAAGCGAGCUUCACCGUUAACAGAAAGCCACGUAUCACAAAAAGCCUGGUAGACAUGACAGUUGAUGAGGGACAGACUCUGAAGCUGGAGGUAGAAGUGGAAGGAUGCCCAGAACCCAAGGUCAAGUGGUACAAAGAUGGCAGAGAACUUACUACCGAUGCUAGAAUCAAAAUUGAAAGAGACACUAAGAGAUUAGAAAACUACCACUUGACCGUGACUUUGAUAAAGGAAGAAGAUGGUGGAGAAUACGAAGUACGUGCUGAAAAUGAAAUGGGAAGCGUAUCCUCUAAGAGUACAGUUACUGUACACACCAAAGAAGUUCAUUCGAGAUUCCAAAAAGAAAACAUCGUUGAAAAAGAGCUUGAAGAUAGCAAACAACAAAAUUUUGUAGCAGAAGAUGAUUUGGAUAUUGGUAAAAAGAAAAUUGCAUCUAAAAGUAAAAGUGAAGCACAAUCAGUUGAAGAAAAGUUUUGGUUUGAGGAUGACGAUAGUGCAAAACCAAAAUCUGUGACUUUUGAAGAAAUCACUGAACCUGUUGAAAAUACGGGAAGGAAAUCAUUAACAGAACCAAAUGUAAUAGAAGAACGGAAUUUUGAUGAUGAUUAUAAUGGAGCAAAAUCUAAAUCAGUUAUUGUUGAUGAAGUUGAAGAACCCAUUACUAGACAAUCUAAGAAUUUAUAUACUGAUGUCGAAAUUUUAGAAGAAAAAUCACUAUUAGAUGAGGACAGUUGUGCAAAACCCAAACAACAAUGUUUUGAUGAGAGUGAACAGCCAAUUAAUCAAAAAGCUAAAAGAUCUGUUACAGAACCAGAACUAGCCGACUUUACUCAAAAUAAAGAGAAAGAAACCUCUCAACAUACGAUAAUUGACGAAGUAGAGGAACCAAUAACUAGAAAACCAUCUUUGGAUAUAGAAAUAUCUGAGGAACGUUUAAAUGAUUCUGAUGAGGUGCAACCACAAAAGCCUUUAAGUAAUGAAGUCAAUCAAUCAUUCGUUGGCCAAGCGAAAAGUGCUCGUAUAGAAGAAGCUGACGAAAAGUCAUUCUGGGAUGAUUUGGGCGAAGAGGAUGAAAUUAAAACUACUAAAAUAGAAAUGAAAAAUUCGCCUUUGUUAGCCCAAAAAUCUGUAACAGAACCCGAAAAAAUUGAUUCUGGCUCCUUUUGGGAUGAUAAUCCUGAUGAAACUAAGAAGAGAGUAAAUAUAGAAGAAAUUAAAACAGAAAGUCAAAAAGGUGAAAAAUCCCUGACAAAACCGGAAAUUGCAGAUGAAGUUCCAAUAACUGAAUCUUCGUUCACUAAGCGUAAAUCAAUCAAAAAACAAACACUGGUAGAAGAACCGUUGUGUGCUGAAUCUGAAGGCCGAGUUUUCGAAACAAUAACCACAUUCAAGUCAGGUGGUGAUGGAAGUAUAAUCAUGUCUAAAGUCAGCAGUUCGCGCUCGCACGACGCUAUUAUAACAGGUCCAGCCGAAACGCGCGUAUUACAUAAAAUGACUUCUACAUCUGUACAUUACGAAGACGAUGAAUCAGGUAAUGAUAAGAAAAUAAUACCACCAAACAAACCUCACACAACAUCCCUUGAAGUAGAAGAAAUGGAGAGUCACAGCUAUUAUCUAUCUGAACUCGGCUAUUAUACUAUACCAGAUCAUAUUAGAAGAGGUACUUAUGGUAUAAUAGAGGAACCACAAACUGACUCCGAUGCAGAAUCCAAUCCAUGGGCAGGCAAGCAACACAGAAAUCGAACUAUUUCUAUUCGAUCUGUCUCAGAAGACGACUUUAGCUGGCAUAAUGAACCUCUCUCACGAGAGAUAUCUAUUGAAGAUCUUUCCAAAUCUAUUUUCGAAAUAGAUGAAACGAAAAAAGUCUUUAGUAAAGAUUCAUAUGUCCGUCAGACUUCUUUCAAAGAAGAUUACUUCACAAAUCAUGAUGAAGAAGAAUCGAUAAUAAUGAAAGAGAGAUCUGAAAAGGUAUUUGAAAACGAUGUCACAGAAAAAAUCAUUAACAUUUCAAAAGAAUUUAUUGAAGGUGAAUUUAAAGAAGUUGAGGACAGAAUAAAUAAAAUAAAAAGUAGGCUAAUGGAAGAACUGGUCUGUGAAGCACCUAUGAAACCGGAAAACAUAACAAAAGAUACAACUGAGGCAACAGUCGAGAAAAAAAGAAAAACUAUUAACACACUUUUUUGCGUGGAGGAGGAAGACGAUGGGGGUAUUGAAGAAUUACUAAAUCGAAGUCGAAGACAGAGAGGCAUAUUAGAUGAAAUAAUAACAUUGGAGGAUGAAAAAGCAUCACCCACAUUAAAAGAAAGCAGUAUGAAGGACGGCAGUACGUAUGAAUCCUUACCGCUCGUGUACCAAGUAGAAGCUAGUGGAACACCCAAACCUACAGUAAAGUGGCUCCACGACGGACAAGAAGUGAAGCCCGAUGGAAGAGUCCACAUCACAACCGAUGGAGACUUAUUCAAGCUGGAGAUCGACUCCGUAGAUAUGAAAGAUGCUGGCAAGUGGCAGUGUGAGAUCAGCAACAAGCUGGGCACACAAACGCUGCAAGCCGAUCUCUCUGUUUCACCCGUGGCAGAACUCCGCAAGCCAAUUUUCAAGCAGCCGCUGGAAGCCCAGCGAGUGCUCCAACGUGAGCCGGUGACCAUGAAGGCAGUAUGUACAGCCGACCCUCUCCCACACGUGGCUUGGAUGCUCAACGGGAACGAGAUAACACCAGACGCCACAAUCACCACGGAUGCUCAAUCUAUAGAGCUGGAGCAUGGACUGAAGGAAUGUGUCUUUACGCUGCACAUACCAACGGGUCGUCACGUAGACACUGGCGAGUACACAAUACAAGCGAAGAAUAAAUAUGGCGUCGGAGAAUGCUCUGCCCGGCUCGACAUCCUGCUGCGACCCGAGAUCGAAGGUCUCAAGGAUGUCACCGCUGUGCCCUACGAGGAAACCACCUUCGUUGCCAAUAUCAGGGCCAAUCCCGUUGCUGAAGUCAAAUGGAGUAAGGAUGGUUAUGUAAUCCAACCCAGUUCCAACAUUGAGAUCAAAGAGGACCUCUCGUCGGAAACCUACAGUCUGAACAUCAAGAAUAUAGGCAUAGCAGAUGCUGGAGUCUACUGCGUCACAGCCAAGAAUGAGAUCGGGGAAACUGCGCUCCAGGCUAAACUUACUGUACAUACGGACGAACCAAUGUUCACGAGACCGCUGCAAAAGCAAACGGUGAAGGACUACGAGGACUGCACCCUGCGCGUGCGCUGUGACGGCGUACCCAAGCCUCAGGUGAAGUGGUUCCGCGACGGAGUGGAACUGACGAACGACGAGCGACACACCAUCACCACAGAGGUGGGCGGCCAGGUCGACAGCGAGCUGGACAUCAAACAUUUCAACCAGAGCGAUGCCGGCAAGUACAAAGCAUUAGCAGCGAAUGUGAUCGGCGAGGCGACCACUGAAGCAGUGAUCAGCUUGGCGCAGCUGCCGCCAGGGUUCGCGCACAAGCUGGACAGACAGAAGGAGGUGGACGAGGGAGAACCCCUCGAGCUGAAGGCCAAGUUGGAUGGCAGCCCGAUACCGACGGCACAAUGGUACAAGGACGGUGUGAAGCUCCCGAGUGAUGAGCACGUGCAGCAGAGGUCUCUGCCCGACGGCACCGUGCGGCUGCUCAUAGAGCGCACGACCCCUGCUGACUGCGGCGCAUACAAGCUGGUCAUCUCCAACCCCAACGGAGAGCACUCCGCGCUCUGUGCCGUCGCUGUCAACCCCACACCUCGCAAGCCGUCGUUCAGUCAGGAACUGGAGGACGUGAAGGUUGUGGUGGGCCAGCCCAUCAAGCUGGAAGCUAGGGUAAUGGCCUUCCCCGCGCCAGAAGUCAAGUGGUUCAAGGAUGGUCUGCCAGUGAGACCCAGCCAGGCGGUGAACUUCAUAAACCAGCCGGGCGGCCUCAUAGGACUCACCAUCGACAGCUGCAGGCCCGAGGAUGCCGGCCACUACUCUCUCACCCUCGCCAACAAACUGGGGGAGGCACAGUCCAAGGCACACGUGGAGGUGGGUCAAAAGGAACGCAAACCAGCGUUCUUGGCAGAACUGGUACCGGCUAAGGUUAUCGAGGGCUUCCCGGUCAAACUGGAAGUUAAGGUGCUGGGUCACCCACCACCUACCAUUCAAUGGACACACGAUGGUAAGGAGGUGGUACCGGACGGUGAGCGCAUCCGGAUCGUGUCACAACCGGACGGUACCCACGCCCUGCUGCUGAGUGAGGCGAGUGUGGCCGACGCGGGAAAAUACGACGUCGUGGCGAGCAAUGAGCGGGGACAGACUACCAGCACCGCUGACCUUAAUGUAGCCAGUCGUACAGAUGACUCGAGUCCACAAGAGCGUCCUCAGUUCACGGGCACCCUGCGCGACACCACCGCGGAAGAAGGUCAACCCAUCUCGAUGGGGGUACCCUUCGUGGGUAACCCGGUGCCGCAGGUAUCCUGGAGCAAGGAUGGCAGGGAACUGAAGCCCAGCAACAGAGUGCUGGUCACUUGUGAUGGAAAAAGGGUGGGUCUGGAGAUCAACCCGGCGCAGGUGAGUGACGCGGGCGUGUACUCCGUGCGGAUCACGAACCCUCUGGGCGAGGACGGCACGGAGGGCAAACUGAAUGUGAGGAAGAUCUACCAGCCGCCUGUCUUCACGCAGAAAUUCACAGACUUGCAGCAGUUGCCAACAUUUGACGCUAAGUUCCCCGCCCGUGUUAGUGGCAUCCCCGCACCAGAUAUCACGUGGUACAAGAACGGAGCACAACUGUCCCCCUCUAACAAGUACACGCUGAAACGAGACGGCGAUACAUGCUGCCUGUACGUCCGGGACAUUGGCGUAGAGGAUGCGGGCCAGUACAAAUGUGUGGCCACUAACAAGGAGGGCUCGGCCGAGUGUGAAGCCGCCCUAGAAGUUGUUGAUAAGAUCGGGCGCCGGGAGAAAGCAGAACCGCCGUCAUUCUUGAAGAAAAUAGGUGACGUGGAAGUGUUCCGUGGUCUGAGCGCCAAGUUUACGGCCUGUGUCACCGGAGCGCCGCAACCUAGCGUGCAAUGGUACCGUAACGACGAGAAGCUCUUCCCUUGUGAUCGCAUCCGCAUGGAUGAGGAGAGCACUGGACUACUGCGGCUGACUAUCUCCCAGGUGGACCCCACAGACGUGGGUACUUACACCUGUCGGAUAUCGAACCCGCACGGAGAGGACGCAUGCAGUGCAUCGCUUACUUAUGAUACCUUAGAGCCACAGACGGGCAAGAAGCCACUUUCGGAGCAGUACUCGGACUUUGACAAGAUGAAAGCGACUGGCAUACCCAUGCCGCUGGCUGACAAGCCCAUCAUAUCGCGCAUGGCAGACCGACACCUCACCCUGUCAUGGAAACCAUCGAUUCCGCAUCGGGCACGCUUCCCGGUCACCUACCAGGUGGAGAUGUGUGAGGUGCCGGACGGUGACUGGUUCACAGCCCGCGCGGGGCUUCGCUCGUGUGUGUGCGACAUCCGCAACCUGGAGCCGUUCCGCGACUACAAGUUCCGCGUGCGCGUCGAGAACAAGUUGGGCGUGAGCGAUCCCUCGCCGUACGCUGUCACGCACCGCGCCAAACUGGAGCCUGACCCGCCCAAGUUCAUACCCUACCUAUCACCCGGCAUAGAUUUCCGCCCGGAGAGCUCGCCGUACUUCCCGAAAGACUUCGACAUAGAGCGUCCGCCUCACGACGGCUACGCGCAGGCUCCCAAGUUCCUGCGCCAGGAGUACGACAGCCAGUACGGCGUGAAGGGCCACAACGUGAACCUAUUCUGGUUCGUGUACGGGUACCCCAAGCCCACGAUGACGUACUAUUUUAACGACAAGCUGAUCGAGGGUGGGGGCAGGUACGACUUCAGCUACACCAGGAAUGGACAGGCGACGCUGUUCAUUAACAAAAUGCUAGAACGAGAUGAAGGCUGGUACGAAGCAGUGGCUAGCAACGAGCAUGGAGAAGCUAGACAGCGAGUCCGCCUCCAACUGGCCGAGUACCCAACCUUCAUCAGAAGACCGGAGGAGUCCGUGGUUCUGAUGCGGAAGACUGCCAGGAUCGAGGCCCGAGUUACUGGGAGACCUUACCCCGAGAUUAAGUGGUACAAAGACUGGCAGCCGCUGGCAGAGUCAUCACGCAUAAAGAUGCACUUCAUCGAGCCGGACACCGUGGUGCUGGUGGUGAAGGACGCCAUCUUGAAGGACGAGGGGCUGUACUCAGUGUCCGCGCGGAACGUGGCUGGCUCAGUCAGUUCCUCCGCCAUGCUGCACGUCGAGGAGUGCCAGCAGGAGUACUCGCAUAGAAUCCGCGAGCACCCACCUCGCAUAAAGCCGAGCUCGAAGCCAUUCGGAGAGUUCUACGACAUCGGAGACGAGCUAGGACGCGGCGUCCAGGGUGUGGUCUACCAUGCGGCGGAGAGACUCAGCGGUCGCAACUAUGCCGCCAAAAUAAUGCAUGGCCACUCGGAGUUGAAACCCUUCAUGAAGAAUGAGCUGGAGAUCAUGAACCUUCUGAACGACAAGCACCUGGUGCGGCUCCACGACGCGUACGAGCACGACCACACGCUGGCACUGGUGAUGGAGCUCGCGGCCGGAGGGGAGCUAGUGAGGGACCGGCUCCUGCGUAGCUCCGGAUACAACGAGCGGGAGAUCGCGGGCUACGUGCGGCAGCUGCUCAGGGGACUGAAGCACAUGCACGACUGUAACAUCGCGCACCUUGGACUGACGAUCGGUGAGCUGCUGAUAUCCCACGUGGGGUCGGACGAGCUCAAGAUCUGCGACUUCGGUCUGUCGCGCCGCGUGACCUGUCAGCUAGGCGCGCUUCACUACGGCAUGCCGGAGUUCGUGGCGCCCGAGGUGGCUCGCGGAGAGGGCGUAGGCCUGCCCGCUGACCUGUGGAGUGUGGGCAUCAUCACCUACAUCCUGCUCAGUGGACACUCGCUGUUCCGAGGAGCUAACGACCGGGAGACGCUCACCAGGCUGCGAGACGGCAAGUGGACGUGGCACGACGAAGAGUGGUGGUCGCGGCUGAGCCUGGAGUGCCGGGACUUCAUCUCCAAGUUGCUGGUGGACAAGUGGCAGGAGCGACUGGAUGUGGACAGCGCGCUGAGACACCCCUGGAUCGACUUCGACGACAAGAUCUACCGCGACGAGUUCCUCAUCACCACCGACAGACUCCGCAACUACUACAACUUGUACAAAGACUGGAGGAGCAAUGCGCAAUGCCGCACUUGGUUCCGCCGUCGACCGCUAGAGGGCGCCUUUGACCAUCCCUCCAAAAUGGUGUAUCCACCCGGGGAAUUGUACACGCCUGAAGGCACUCCCGACCGGGAUCACGAGCCCCACGAUCGUCAGCCGUGCCCGUGGGACCUCAAAUUCAAGCAGUGGGAGCAUCCUGACUGGGAAGUAUCCGCCACAUCUGAGAGCCACUACCAGAAUGGUCCAGACACAUAUCUGCUCCAACUACGCGACACUCAGUUCCCGGUGCGCCUGCGAGAGUACAUGAAGGUGGCCUGCCAUCGCUCGCCCGCCUACAACCUGUCCGUACACGACUCAUAUGACCCCAGGACACCAAUCAUCCGCGAGCGACGUCGCUUCACCGACGUGAUGGAUGAAGAGAUCGACGACGAACGCAAGGAGAGAAUCAAUCAAUACGGCAGCGAGAGUUACACCGUGCGGCGACUCCGACACGAGCUCGGAACCAGGCUCGAUAGCUACGCGGAAGCCCAGGCGUUCAUGGAGUCCAAGAAAGACGGUCGCCUGCCAUUCUUCAGAGAGAAGCCUCAGACGCUCCCCAUACGGGAAGGUGAACACGCGCAACUGACCUGCUUCGCUGUGGGCGAUCCGGCCCCUGUAGUGCAGUGGUUCAAGAAUGACAUAAUAAUCGCAGAGUCGCAGCGCAUCAAAAUCGUCACGGACGAACAGGGAAGAUCCACUUUGUCCUUCGACCCUGCGAUGCAUCACGACAUCGGAUUCUAUAAAGUUGUAGCUAGAAACAAAGUCGGCCAAACUGUCGCUAGAACUAGAAUUGUCGAAGCGACUCACCCCGACGCACCAGAUAGUCCAGCGCCUGCCGACAUAUCGGACACAGAAGUACUGCUGAGGUGGAAACAGCCCAAAUACGACGGCAACACUCCCGUCCUUUGCUAUAGUUUGCAGUACAAGGAAGGUGAUAGUGUUGAAUGGAAAACAGUCGCUGAAAACAUUGACCACGAGUUCUUCGUGAUCCGUGACCUCAAACCGGAGACCAGUUACCAGUUUAGACUACUAUCCCGCAACAGGAUUGGCUGGAGUGACAAGGGUAUCCCGACUAAUCUUAUAAAAACAAAAGAAUCUGGGGCGCCUAAAGUACAAGUAACAAAGGCAAUGAGACACUUACAGCAGAUGACUGAAUCUGGACAAGAGAUUGUUUUAGAGGAAGACAAACCAAAAUUAGAUUACGGAACAGAAGAAGAACCUCUAGAAUGGCAAACCGCGGAAGCAUUCACAGAACGAUACACAUUUGUAUCUGAAUUAUGGCGCGGAAAGUUCUCGAUUGUUGUGAAAGGAAUAGACAAGGUUACCGACAGCGUGGUUGUUGCGAAGAUUCUGGAAUCUCGGCCGGAGAACGAGGUGCAAGUACUGAGGGAGUUCCAGUGCUUGAGGAAGCUCCGUCACGAGCGGAUAUCAAACCUGCUGGGCGCCUACCAGAGCCCGGGUUCACCGGCCGCGCUGGUGAUGGAGAAGCUGCAGGGAGCUGAUGUGUUGACGUACCUGGCCAGCAGACACGACUACUCGGAGCAGACAGUCGCCACCAUUAUCACACAGGUGCUGGACGGCCUGCAAUACCUGCAUUGGCGCGGGUUCUGUCACCUGGACCUGCAGCCAGACAACGUGGUGAUGAGCUCGGUGCGCUCGGUGCAGGUGAAACUGCUCGACUUCGGCUCAGCUCACCGCGUCACCAAGCUGGGCACCAGUGUGCCGCAGGUUGGGGACCUGGAGUACAAAGCACCGGAGAUCGUGAACGAUGAGCCCGCGUACCCGCAGACAGAUAUCUGGAGCGUGGGUGUGCUGGCUUACAUCAUGCUGUCGGGGACUUCGCCCUUCCGGGGGCAGAGCGACGCGGAGACCCGGCAGAACAUCUCAUACGUGCGGUAUCGAUUCGAAUACCUCUACAAGGAGAUCACCCAGGAGGCAACUCGAUUCCUCAUGUUCAUAUUCAAGAAGGUUCCUCUGAAGCGGCCCACAGCUGAGGAGUGCCACGAGCAUCGCUGGCUGCACAAUACAGAUUUCAUGCUCAGAAAGAGGGAGAGGGCUGUCUUCCUCGGGAACAGACUCAAGGAGUUUUCAGAAGAGUAUCACGAACGAAAGGCGCGUGAGGCUUCCGACGCGGACACACUCGCCUCCGCGUUCGGUUCGCUCUCGCCGCGAAUGCUCGCGCGAUCCAACAGCAUCCAGGAAGAGCUCAACACAAACUUCGCCUCAUAGAUGACAAACACUUACACAAACACACUUUACAUGUACAUAAAAGUAUAGAACAUACACACACACAGAAACACACGUACACACACACAUACACACAGAAACACAUGUACCCACGUAUACACGCACACACAUACACAUUCGUGCACACAAACACACACACAGAUAUAUAUCUCUCAACGUAUAGGUACGUUGACGCAAAACAUCCUCGUGUUACAACCGGAAAGAUGUUUCAAAAUUUCUGUUCUUUAUACAUAUUAUAAGAUUUACUUAGCGAUUUUGUAAAUAACUAACAAAAUAUUUUAAUAAAUCUAUCAAAUAACUUUAUAACGAUCAUUUAAUUACGACUGAACUUCAUACACUAUUUAUUAACGCAUCCAUUUUACUUUCACUGUAGAAGAUUCUAGUCAAAUAUGUUACGAAUGUUAAUAUUUAUAUAAUUAUAUUUACUAUUGGUUGCUUCAGUAUUAUUGAAGUCAAUAAAGUAUUAAUUGUUAA